UCCUCAAUUUGUGGGGAAGAAGAAGAAACCAUCGAAACUGGGCGACGUUAUUUGUACAAUAAAUGCUAUUAUAUAAAAUAAUGUAUAUUUAAUAGCUCCUAAAAGUCCCGUGAUUGUCACACUACUGGUAUGAAGACUGUAUUCGUUACCGUUGGAACCACGAGUUUUGAUGAGCUUAUAGAGAGUAUUACGUCUGAAGAAGCGACUCAGGCACUCUCAGCUCUAGGUUACAAAAAGCUGGUUCUCCAGGUGGGCCGUGGGGCUGUUCUUCCUGGCCCAGACAGCUGUGCUGGGCUGCUGGUACACGCCUUCCGCUUCAAAGAUUCUAUUGCAGAAGAUAUUAGGGAUGCUGACCUGGUCAUCAGCCAUGCAGGGGCGGGCAGUUGUUUGGAGGCACUGGGAGCGAAACGGCCUUUGCUGGUGGUGGUCAAUGACAAGCUGAUGGAUAAUCACCAGCUAGAGCUUGCCAAACAGUUGCAUGCAGACUCCCACCUGUUGUACUGCACCUGCAGCACACUGACUGAGACACUGAGAACAAUGGACCUGUCUGUUCUCACACCCUUUCUGCCGGGACAGCCUCAGAACUUCGCCAGGUUUUUGGACCGGGCCCUGGGCCUUCACACGGAGUGAGUGUGCUGGUUCUUCAGCGGUGCCCGCCCACACGGGUUCCCCUCCCCGGAAUCGGAGGGCUUUUGUCCGGCCCAGCCCCAAGUCCAGAGGGGAACAGGCGGUGCCGAGAAUGAGAAUCUUCUGCAUUUUUCUGUCUAUGAGAACUACAUUUUGCAGAGCAAGUUGUAUUCUUUUUCAGUGGGAUUCUUAAUCAACAGAAUGUUUUUUUUUUUUACAUCCUUCUCACAAGUGAGCUGUAAUUCGAAUAUGUGAAUUAAUUUGUUUAUAUUGUCACUAUAUUGUCAGACAAGUAGACUGGCUAGCUAGUUGCCGUUCAAACUAGUACUAAAGAACAAUUUUUUUACCUGAAGCUUAUUUGCUCGAUUUGCGUAUAUACACUAUAUUUCCAAAAGUAUGUGGACACCUGAAAAUCACACCCGUAUGUUCAUGUUGAAUCUCAUUCCGAAACCAUGGGCUUAGAAAAUAUAUCUAAGCUUGCUACCAAAAGUCUGGUAAGAAGUACAUACAGUACGAACAAGGUUUUUAUUUGCAAAUAUUUUUCAACCUUCUGUAAUUUCCUGUUAUAAUUUAAAAGUACCAUAAUCAUGGAAAUGGAAAUCAAAAAUCAUGGAAUUUGUUUAACUGGUUGAAGUGGGAACAUGCAUUCGCGUAUUAAAAUAAAAAUAAAUAUUAAAGUAGAAAUUUGAUAAUUGC